CUCUCGGUUUCUCUCUCUCACCACCUGUUAGUUUUCAGACCCUCUGCACUGAGACACUUGUUUAUGAGGGAAGCUUUUAUACUCACGCAAUCAGAGGUAUAACAACAACACAAACAAAGAGCAGGGUGAAGAAAACAGGGCGAAUGAGAUUGAGAGACAAAGAUGGAGAGAAAGGAAGACAAAAUGGUGAGCUCUAUGACGGUGCGUAAAGGAAAGAAACUCAGCAUCUCCAUCCAAGAACACAUGGCCAUUGACGUCUGCCCGGGCCCCAUCCGACCAAUUAGGACCAUCUCUGCCUACUUCCCCCGCCUGUCCCCCACUUCCGAGCCGCUCUCCCCCAACCCCAACAGCUCCUCGUUGGUCCUCAGUUCUGGGGGUACUGACUGCAGGAUGGGCGGCAGCGUCGGGGGCCGGCUCUUGUCGCCCUUGCUGCCGGGGGUGAUGGGAGGAGGUGGGUCGCUGUCAUUGCAGAGCAGCUUGGACACGUCUGUGGAGAUCAACAGUUCAGACAGCGACGACUGCACUGCACUGGGAACACUGGAGUUUGACUUGCGCUACGAGCAAGCCUCUUGUGAGCUUCACUGUACCAUCCUCAGGGCCAAGGGUCUGAAGCCUAUGGAUUUUAAUGGCUUAGCAGACCCAUAUGUCAAACUGCAUCUUCUCCCUGGUGCCUGCAGGGCUAAUAAGUUGAAGACAAAGAUUGUCCGGAACACUCUGAAUCCAGUGUGGAACGAAACCCUUACCUACGUUGGGAUCACAGAGGAAGACAUGCAUAGGAAAACACUCAGGUUGUCGGUGUGUGAUGAGGAUAAGUUGACUCAUAAUGAGUUCAUUGGGGAGUCCCGUGUACCCCUGAAGCGUGUCAAGCCAGACCAGACCAAGCACUUCCACACCUGCCUGGAGCACCCACCCCCGCUACCCUCUCCUACGGCCAUGGGUGCAGCACUCAGAGGGAUAUCCUGCUACCUAAGAGAGCAGUGGGAGAAUGAACAGCUGAACAGUUUGGAGGAGAGAGGCCGACUUCUCCUCUCGCUGCAGUUCCUGACCCCGCCAGACGAGGGCAAAAGGGCUGUUGGAGAAGUGCGGAGAGGCGAGGGUCUGUGUGUCGGGGUGCAGCGCUGCGCACACCUGGCUGCCAUGGAUGUCAACGGGUUCUCUGACCCCUAUGUCAAAACAUACCUGAAGCCCGACACACAGAAGAAAUCCAAACACAAAACAGCUGUGAUUAAAAAGACCCUUAACCCAGAAUUCAAUGAGGAAUUCUUCUAUGAGAUCUCUCUGUCAGAACUGUCCAAUAAGACACUGGAGGUCACAGUCUGGGAUUAUGACCUUGGGCGCUCCAACGACUUCAUAGGUGGUGUGUGCCUGAGCUGUCACUCACAGGGAGACGCCCACCGACAUUGGAUGGAGUGCCUUAAAAACAAGGGCCAGAGGGUAGAGCGCUGGCACGUACUGACCAACGAGCUCCCGAGAUCAGUAUCUCACGACUGAAGCUAAACAUCUGCUGAGACCCAAGGAUGUGCGCCAAUUCUCCACCCUACUCGCAAAGUGUGCAAUUAGAAUAUGCACCCUUGCACACUACCAGUCAUGGAUAUCUCAAUGGUAGAAAUGCUAUUUUUCAUUCCUUACAUACACAUUAUAGCAGACCUAGUCAUGCUGGGACCAUCAGGGUGCAGUGAAAAUAGGCAACCCUUGUUCAAUAAUAUAAUGGCCAUGAGUAAAAUUUGAUCAUUGUUUCGAUGCUCCUGAACCACCCCAGUCAAUGCUUACAACAGUCCAAUACUUUUCAAACCAUGAUGGUGAGUGUGCAACUAUGUGCACGCUUUAGGAGAAGCCUGAGGUAUCAGUAUGCCGGGCCUAGCCCCUCUUACCCCCUACCACCUAAGCACUAUUGAGCCCAGUAUAUAUAUAUAUACAUUUAUAUAUAUUAGAUUAUAUAUUACAAAGUGAUAUAACAGAAAUUGGAAUUAAAUACAAUUAAAUGUAUAGUAAUAAAAUAAAUAGAACAGACAUAUCAUUGACUUGAUGAUUUGAGUGAGGACUAGUGCUGGGACUGAUGUAACAUGAUCAACAUAGACUACAACGCCCACUAAUCACAGGCCUUUGGUUGAUGUGCUUAGAGAAACUUACUUCUGCUUAGAAAUUCCUGUUUUCAAAUUAUUUUCUCACUUGCAAUUCUUCUGUAUGAUAAAUAGUCUUUAGUAGAAAAAUUUUAAGUUUGAAAUGAAAUAACGUUGCCAAUUUUAAUAGGAUAAUUGUUAAUAGGAUAAUUGAUACCUACAACAAUAGCAGCUUAAAGGGUAAUAAUAAUAAUUAAUCAAAUACACAGUAAUGAUUUAAACAUUGUUCUUUUUAUCGUCAUCACAUCUAUUCAGGCAAUUUAUAGCAAUAUGGAAACUUUUGGCCACCUCUAAUUGGGACACCUGUUCUAUUAACUAUAUCUAUUCUCAUCGUAUCAUACAGGUUACAUUUUGAUUAUAUUUGUAUACUAGGCCCCUCAGAUCUGAGAGGAUUGAAUGGAGAAACAACAUGAAGGAACCCAUCUUGUCUGAGCACAAGUGGGAAGCAAUGACCAUGUUGAUCCUAUCUAAAUCUUUCAAAUCUACCGUAGCGCCUUGGAAGUGGGUAUGGCUUGAUUUGGAACUCUUUGAACAUUUCCAGGCUCUCACUAGGUAGGGGUGACUUGCCCCACCAUGGGGAGCAAUGUACCUGUAUGUUUCUGUGUCCAUAGAGGUAUUUUAUAACACCCCAUCACACUGCCGUGAUUGAAAACCUAGGGCUCCAUCUACAUUACAAACCUUCCUAUGUUCUCUGUCUCCUUGCUAAUCUGCUGUUUCAAGUCAGUCUAAAUAAAGCAAAAAUAUGUAUUGAUAUUUAUGCACAGUAAACCCAUAUAGCGUUAAACUGCAUGGAGAAGAUGCAUGCUGAAGACAAGUCAUAUGCAAGGCCUGGAUGUUUAUUCAACACAACUCCUAUCUGCUCUGGAAUGGACUCAAUGAUUUUCUGGUUUUAACUGCUGUUUUAAGUUAUAGGUUUGUCAGUGGUAUGGGGAAUACGGUUCUAAUUGCCUUAUGACCUUAAUACAAACAUUGACAUUCAGAACUCAACAUCACACCUUCAAAUGAAUCGUAUUUCAUCUGCACGUUUCAGCUGUUUUUUGGGCUCUUCGCUUGUUCAACCGAUUUGAUUGACUUACGUAACUGUUAUGGUUAGGUCAACGGCAAAUGGAUAUCUACAUUUGUAAUGAUAUGCCUAUAUUACCACAAAAUCACCAAUAUAUAACAGAUCCUGACUGUAUUGUUAAAACUCUAUUCCCCAAGAUGCACUACUGUGUUGUAAAGCAGUGCACUACUGUGUUGUAAAGCAGUGCACUACUGUGGUAUAAAGCAGUGCACUACUGUGGUAUAAAGCAGUGCACUACUGUGGUAUAAAGCAGUGCACUGCUGUGGCAUAAAGCAGUGCACUACUGUGGCAUAAAGCAGUGCACUACUGUGGCAUAAAGCAGUGCACUACUGUGGCAUAAAGCAGUGCACUACUGUGGCAUAAAGCAGUGCACUACUGUGGCAUAAAGCAGUGCACUACUGUGGCUUAAAGCAGUGCACUACUGUGGCAUAAAGCAGUGCACUACUGUGGCAUAAAGCAGUGCACUACUGUGGUAUAAAGCAGUGCACUACUGUGGUAUAAAGCAGUGCACUACUGUGGUAUAAAGCAGUGCACUACUGUGGCAUAAAGCAGUGCACUACUGUGGUAUAAAGCAGUGCACUACUGUGGCAUAAAGCAGUGCACUACUGUGGUAUAAAGCAGUGCACUACAUAGGUAAUGGGGCUCCAUUUGGGACAGGAACAUUCUCACACCUGUCAAUGAUAUUAUGACUGCAGUUCUUCCAUGUUGAUGCAUGACGCAAUACAGUAUUAAUAAAUUAAAUUGUUGUCCCCUCCCUAAAAUACUCAAAAAAAUCCAUAACUAAAAAUUCUAAUGUAACAUGUUAUUGAGGUGUCUUCCCUGUAAUUUCAUUUUGGUUUUCUGAGAUGUUUUUCUUAUAUUUGUCCCUUAAUGCACGACUGAAUGUAUGAAUGUGGGAUUUUACUAUCACGUUUCAAUGGCUGUAUACAAUCUAAUCUUGUUGUGCUUUUAACGAUCGUUGUUCUAUAUUUAUAUCUUUGUGUACAAUAUGACAAUAAAUUUGGAAUGCAAUACUG